GGAUGACUGCUAGAGGGAAUUAGAGCAGAGCAGGGGCCAAAAGGGCAAGUCGGGGGGUUUAGGUCAGAACUCCAGCGGCAGCCUGGCAGCAGGAGCUCGAGAGAAGCAUGGCUCAGCGGUGUGUUUGCGUGCUGGCCCUGGCGGCUGUGCUGCUCCUACUUUUCGCCACCGACUGCAGAUCGAUGGGCCUGAGGAACCAGGAGCAUCAGAGGGCGUCGCGAAUCCCUUCUCAGUUCAGCAAAGAGGAGCGCGUCGCGAUGAAAGAGACACUGAAAGGUGCCAUCCAGAUUCCAACAGUGUCUUUUGGCCCUGAGGAGUCCAAUACUACGGCCCCGGCUGAGUUUGGAGAAUACAUUUGUAAAGUCUUUCCUACAGUGCUCAGCACCAGCUUUAUCCAGCAUGAAGUCAUGGGAGAGUAUAGCCACCUGUUCACUGUCCAAGGCUCAGCCCCCAGCUUACAGCCCUGCCUGCUGCUGGCUCACUUUGAUGUGGUUCCCGCCCCUGCAGAAGGCUGGGAGGUGCCCCCGUACUCUGGGUUGGAGCAUGAUGGCUUCAUUGACGGUUGGGGCACACUGGAUGACAAGAACUCUGUGAUGGCAUUCCUGCAGGCCUUGGAGCUCCUGCUGAUCAGGAAUUACAUCCCUCAAAGAUCUUUCUUCAUUUCCCCAGACCAUGAUGAGGAGGUUGGGGCUCAGAAGAUAGCCCUGCUACAGUCAAGGGGCGUCCAGCUAGCCUUCAUUGUGGAUGAGGGGAGCUUCACCUUUGAUGGUUUCAUUCCCGACCUCGAGAAUCCCUUCGCCAUGAUUGCAAACUCAGAGAAGGGUUCCAUGAAUCUCGUGCUGCUAAACAUGACUCCAGGCCACUCUUCAGCUCCUCCAAAGGAGACGAGCAUUGGCAUCCUCGCAGCUGCUGUCAGCCAACUGGAGCAGACACCACUGCCUAACAUGUUUGGAAGCUGGACAUUGACCGCGACAUUGGAGCAACUGGCACAUGAGCUUCCCUUCCCAGCCAAUAUAAUCCUGAGCAACCUGUGGCUUGUAAGCAGGUAUUUGGAGAGAAAUUACAUAACCAAUGCAAUGGUCGGGACUACCACGGCACUCGCCAUGUUCAAUACAGGGGUCAAGGUGAAUGUCAUCCCACCACAGGCCACAAUCAACUUCCGGCUUCACCCUGCACAGACAGUCCAAGGGGUCCCAGAACUCACCAAGAAGACUGUGGCUAAUGACAGAGUCCAGUUCCAUGUGUUGAGUACCUUUGACCCCCUCCCCAUCAGCCCUUAUGAUGACAAGGCCUUGGGCUACCAGCUGCUCCGCCAGACCAUACAGUCUGUCUUCCCGGAAGUCAAUACUAUCACCCCAGGUACCUGUAUCGGCAACACAGACAGCCGACACUUUACAAACCUCACCACUGGCAUCUACAGGUUCAGUGCCAUCCACCUACAGCCUGAAGGCUUCAGAAGCAUCCAUGGAAUCAACGAGAAAAUCUCAGUCCAAGCCUAUGAGAACCAAGUGAAAUUCUUCUUUGAGUUGAUCCAGAAUGCUGACACAGAUAAGGAGCCAGUUUCUCACCAGCACUAACUGUGAGGUCAAGGGGCCCACUGGGAUAGGCAUGCUAAACCCUGGGCCGGGACUAACCCAAGGGGGUAAACCCAGUGUUGAUGAAACUUUUGAUCAAAAUCACAUUAUACAACAUUGCUCAUCUGUCUUGCUCACUCUUAAACUCACCCAAGAACAAGGCCAAGGGUAAGGUAAAGUCAGCAGAAAUCUGGCUUCUCCCUUUAUCCCGACACCUGCAUCCCUUGAUCCACUGGCAUUUGCUGCCCUCUUGUCUAUUAUCUGUCUUACACUGGUUGUUUCACUGCUUCACCCUCCAGGCUUGACUUAACAAAUGUAGAUUUGAAAAAAUCUAACCAGGUGUUGCCUGAUCGGAGUCUUUAAUUUAGGGCACUCUUGCUGGGAUGCUUUCUCCAGGGCUUAUAUAUUUCUUGCUAGAACUUUCUUUCCCCUUGUAUUCGCCUCUCUUCUUGGACUCGUGAGCUGUCUCUUCAUCUCUCCUCUCUCCCCUGCAUCUCUCCCCCUACUCUUCAAUUUAUUCUACUUCUGGAGCUGGGCUUACCCAAACUGUGAUACUACCAUGAUUGUCACCACAGUUGGUCAAAUAAAGUGAUCUAUGCCUCACCA